CCUGCACUGCUUUUGACUGUGUCAUUUCCCAGGUGUUGGGGCUGAGCCAUCAGUGGGUGCUUGGGAGCUAGAUCUGCCCUGAUUGGGACUCGGGCCUCCCACCCCCUCAGUUUAAAAAUAAUGCGGCAAAUCUCUUCUCGAAUGAAAACCCAGUGGACUUCACAGCUUUAUCAAGAAAGUUCCUGGUCAGAGGGUGUGGUGAGCUGACAGAAAGGCUAAGUGGUGUUGAAUCAAACAAAGGGUACCUCAGAAGGGACUGUGAGCUCUGCUGCCCUUGAGCAUUCGGCUUGCCAGCGGCUGUUCCGGGUUACUCUAUCGUGUCUCUGGACCGGACGAAGGAUCGCCUGGUCACCAUGAUGCCGGGUAUGAGUCCCCGAUGCCGCCUCCUGGUGAUGCUGCUCUGCCUCCUGGGCAUCUCCUGCCAGACGCGGGCUGGCAUGGACGCCUCGCCACAGCCCGCCGUCUCUGCGGCUUCCUUCCUGCAGGAUCUCCUGCGCCGGUACGGCGAGAGCGACGUGCUGACCCUGCAGCAGCUCAAGGCCCUGCUGAAUCGCCUCGACGUGGGGGUGGGGCACGAGAACAUCUCCCGAUCGGAGCCGCAGUGCAGGAACCUCUCCCGGUGCUUCAGUUCCUCGGAGCUCUUCGCUGCCCACAACCUGAGCGAAGGGUCCCGUGUUGGCCCGAGCAAGUUCCAGGAGUUCUGCCCGACCAUCCUGCAGCAGCUGGAGUCUCAGGCGUGCACGGCAGAGAACCUGGAGAAUGAGGAGAAUGAGCAGACGGAGGAGGGGAAGCCCAGCUCGGCAGAAGUCUGGGGUUACGGUUUCCUCUGCGUGACUGUCAUCUCCCUCUGCUCCCUGGUGGGAGCCAGCGUGGUGCCCUUCAUGAAGAAGACCUUUUACAAGCGACUGCUCCUCUACUUCAUAGCUCUGGCGAUUGGAACUCUCUACUCCAAUGCCCUCUUCCAGCUCAUCCCUGAGGCCUUUGGAUUCAACCCUCAGGAGGAUUAUUAUGUCUCCAAAUCUGCAGUGGUCUUUGGGGGCUUUUACUUGUUCUUCUUCACAGAGAAAAUCCUGAAGAUGCUUCUCAAGCAGAAAGAUCAGCACCAUCAUGGGCACAGCCACUACAGCCCUGAGACCCUCCCCUCCAAGAAGGACCAGGAGGAAGGCGUAACUGAAAAACUGCAGAAUGGGGACAUGGAUCACAUGAUCCCUCACAGAACCAGUGAGCUAGAGUGCAAGAACCCAUCUGUGGAUGAGAAAGUCAUUGUGGGCUCUCUGUCUGUCCAGGACCUGCAGGCUUCCCAAAGUGCAUGCUACUGGCUGAAGGGGGUACGAUACUCUGACAUUGGCACGCUGGCCUGGAUGAUCACCCUGAGUGACGGGCUCCACAACUUCAUCGACGGCCUGGCCAUCGGUGCCUCCUUCACCGUGUCUGUCUUCCAAGGGAUCAGCACCUCCGUGGCCAUUCUCUGCGAGGAGUUCCCCCACGAGCUGGGUGACUUCGUCAUCCUGCUAAACGCCGGAAUGACAAUCCAGCAGGCGCUCUUCUUCAAUUUCAUCUCAGCCUGCUGCUGCUACCUAGGGCUGGCCUUUGGGAUCCUGGCAGGCAGCCACUUCUCUGCCAACUGGAUCUUUGCUCUAGCUGGAGGGAUGUUUCUCUACAUUGCACUGGCUGAUAUGUUCCCUGAGAUGAAUGAAGUGAGCCAGGAGGACGAGCGGAAUGGCAGUGCCUUUAUCGCCUUUGCUAUCCAGAACGCAGGGCUGCUGACGGGAUUCAUUAUCAUGCUGCUGCUCACCAUGUUCUCGGGCCAGAUCCAGAUAGGGUAGGGAUGGGCCUGAUUUGAUUGGGCUUUCCCACCUACAAGCAUACGGACUGACGGCACCUGUAUGAGACAUCAGCGUUGCAAAAGCACUACAGAAAAGAGGCAUUUCUAUUAAAACUGUUCCACAGACAUUGUAUCGUUUAUUUCAGGGGGGCUGAUGAAGCUCCUUGCCCUAGAUCUAAAGUGACCCAAGGACCUAUUUCCAGUGUAGCAUUCCUUCCUCUACUCUCCUUGCGUCAAAGGGACUCCUGGAAAGGAUGUGUGUGAGGAUCAGGAGAACGGGCUCACUGGCUCCUUUCUGGCUACAUCACCCCCUUCGGGGAGAGCUCCAACCAUGGACUUCUUCCUCUUCGGGUGGCUGCGGAUGGGGGAUGGAUAUGGGGUCAGCGCUGGACGCGAGGCCACUUUACCAAGGCAGACGCUGUGCUUGAGGCUUGUGCCUGUCCAUCCCUCGUACUCAAUCCCUCCACGGCCAAUGGAAAUGUGAGGCAUGGGUCCCGGGACAGCCCCAGUAUUUACCUGCGUUACCCGUAGCCUCCAACGCUCCUGUUGUGCAGGUAGCUGGUGUUUCCUCUUGAGCAUGGGGAGCAUGCCUUCCUUUUGGACCUAAAUAUGCAGUCAAGAGACCUCUUCGAGAAAGGGUCUCCUUCCUCCAAAAGCUUCACGUGCCAAUGUCUCUGCAGAGUGUGCUGGGCUGAAGGAAAGGUGCCGAGUGUGAAAGAGAGAUGAAGAGGUCUGGGAAGGUUGCACAGGGAGAGGGAUGAGCAAGAACAUAUCCUGCUGCUGUGCUGGAAUCGAUACUUUCCUGGCACAGGUAGUGGGUACUGAACUGGGUAGGCAGCUUUGGUUUCCCUGCCCCCCUGCUCUUGAAAACUAGUCACAGCUGUUGCUGCUCUGGUCUCUUCCCACUGUCUGAACAGGCAGCACUGAAGAUACCGGGGCAGGAGAAGUGUUUGACAUGCAGUCAGACUGGCUUCGGGGGGGAAAGUUAUGCUGCCCCUGUAGGGGUUUAAUGAACUAUACAAAGUUGCAUCUGCUGGUCAGAAUGACUGUAAUGGACACUUCUGGGUGGCUUCCAGGAGGUAGAACAGCCAAACACCGCGGCCUCUCCCAGGAGUCCCUCCAUCCUAACUCGGGACACUUUGAGAGCGGAGGGAGCUGAGCGAGCCGUGAAACGAAGAUGCUGCAGGAUCUCACCAUUGCAGGGGAAAGGCAUGGCAGCUGCAUUCAGACAGGGGCGGUGUGGAGCACAAGUCCUGGGGUGCCAGUUUCUAAGGCCUUCCUGCAAGAGCGAUCCUUACACUGUGACCAGGUUCACUUGGAAUUAGACAUCUGGUUUUAAACACUGACACUGCUGAGUUGCAAGGUGGUGGUUGUUUUUUUUUUGGUUUUUUUGUUUUUUUAAAUGCUGUACUUUUUCUUCAGGGCACAGGGUCCCAGGAACACAGUCUGUGGAACUGGAACCCAGCUCUGGGUAGCAGCAGGAGUUGGGAAGGGUGUUAAAGGCAUUUCAGAGCUCUGCUUCUGGACUAGCUUUCCUCCAAUUCACGAGAUGAACCGACUUAUUGUUAAUGUUUGGCCCCUUCAGCUUGGGCAGGGAAUGAGGUACCCCUCACCGUUGGGUUGUUCCAAAUUCUGCCUCCCAUGGUUGUGAGUUUGUGGCUACUGACUGACAGAAGUUUCUGCCUCUGCUACUAGCUUGCUGGGUGAUCUUGGGUUAGUCACUUCCCCCCUUUCUGUGUCUCAGUUUCCCCAUCUGAAAAAUGCAGAUAAUAAUGCUGACCUCCAUGGUAAAGUGCUGUGAGAUCUACUGAUGAAAAACACAAGAUAAGAGCUAGGGAUGGUGAUUAUUCUUAUUUCUGUGGGGAGUGUCGAGUUUGUUGCUGCCAGUUUCUCUCUUGUGAUCAUUCCGUCUGCCUGAUCAGCUCCCUGGUAAGGAAACAAUUGUUGUCCAGUCAACUUGUCUGUUGUCGCACAAAGUUGUGUUGCCUUGUUAUGCUGUCCGCGUGGCAGAGGCUGAGCAGAAGCUAUUCCUGAUGGGUUUCCCCCUGCAACCCUUCAGAAGAAAGAUGAAAGGCCUGUUCACUUAUCAUACCCAAUGAUUUCACACCCCACACCUCAAGGGUUUAGGCCUCUCUUUGGUAAACGUGAGCUGGGCAGCUACACCCAGGCCCAGUGCCUGCCUCCCUUCAGUGAGGGCAAGCUGAGAUGGGAGUGACUCCAAAGGAAUAGAUGUCAUAACCAAAACCACCUGGGACAACAGCAUGUGCUGUGGCAGGCACAGGACCUCCAGCAGGAUCAUGACUUGGUUUGACUGCCGGACCUCUGCCUUCUAAUGCUGAACUAUUUCCUUUUAACAUACUCAAUAAAGACUGGACAUCAAACCCCAGUCUCCUGUAGCUGUCAGUCAUCUGUCCACGAUUGACCCUAAUGGAGAGAGACAGCUGGGUGUCAUUUACAUACGGCAGAAACCAUACUCCCUGUGUCCUUUGUAGCACUCCCAGAGUCCUUGUAAACAUGUUGAACACGGGAGGAUACAGUGUAGAACCCUGUAGUACCUGUGCAAUACAGCCUUUUGUUCAUGUGACCAAUUAUCCAUAAUGACCUACUGGGCUACCCUAUUUUAGAAAAGGAUCAAAACAGUUUCAGAGCAGCUCUGUUAACUUGGGCAAGGGAUCACAGCCUUGUCAGCGGUAUCUCACGUUCACUGCCUGUAUCUUAGGUAGCUGGCAUACUGUCUUCCUCCAUAGCCAGGAGAAAGACUUUUCUUCACGUCAUUCUUGCUGUUUAUGGCCCAGGCUAAACCCUACUUAGUUUAGACCAUCUUUUACCAAUGAAUGCUUGAUAUGGGUUGGCCCAACUUUGCCAACUCCAUUUCACCAAACCCUUCCUUGACAUGUUUAUAAAAGAACUAGAAUAGGGGCCUCUGGAAAGCAGUAGACCCAUCUUCUUUCCCAUGGGACAACCAUCAUUGUGGGAUUCCUGCUGCCCAGUUGAGAGGUGAAUGGAAUAGGAUGGCACUCUUGUGUGAGUCACAUGGUAAAUUUUUUGCUCAGGCCAGCAUCUGUCAUCAGCAGCUGACCAGAAGAAGUUCUCAUUGUAACGGUGAGGAGGCCAGCUUCUGGGAACAGUAUUUGAGAGGGAAACUGCCUGUGGUCAAAAAGCAUGCACUACCACUGGUAGGAGAGCUGCAGCCCUCUAUCUGAGUUAGGUAAUGUUCGAGAGUGAGAGAUUUAAACCCUGUCUUAAGGGGAAAGGUCUGGUUUGCCUAUUCUCCCUCAAGGAAAUUUUUGGAAAGCAGAUGACAUUUAGUGCAUUCCAAAAGGGAGAAGAAAAUGGCUUAGCUUUUUCAGAGUUCCAGAGCCAUCUCUGGCAAGGAUGGUUCAAUGGUAUACGGAGAGGAGGCACUGCCCUGUCAGCAUCUGGGAAAUCUGCCCAUCUCCUGGAACAACCCACCCAAAUUGUACUUACUAACAAACCAAAGCUAGAAACUAAGCUGUGCUCCAGGUGGUAGGAAACUAUAAGAACGGAUGUGUAAUUUCCUCUGGGCUGUUCCAAGCCCUUGAAUGUGACAGAGAAAUCCUGAGUCUUUUCUGUAGUUUCCCUUCAAGGUGUUCUUGGGAGCUGACUUCAUCAAGAAAUUUGCAGGCUGGAAAUUCUGGAGAGUUACCUACGAAACCCUCUAAAAACAUUCUCUAAGUACAUGUGUAGCUGGGGGAGGUGGGUAAUCAAUGUGUUAAUUCAAAGGGGUGCCUGGAAGAGGCUCCUCCUCUCUUGUUUGUGCAGGAUGGUAGAAACCUGUGGGAGGGGCCGGAGGGAUGGCUGAGAAAGGAAAUUGACAUUAAGUUGAGCUUGUGAGUGUUUUUUAUUUAUAUUUCCCUUUACACAUCUGAUUUAGAAACUCAAGUUCCAUCUCAGUAUUUUAAUAUCUCAGGUGUUAUAAGAAAUACUUGUUGAAACACUUCUUGAAACAACGAAUAUAACUUACGUCUUGUGAACUGUAAAGUUUAUUUGUAAAAUUCCAUAAAUUAAAAUCUAUUCUGUAAUGAAA